AUGGAUGUGAAGCAUGUUCAAGCCGUACAAAUUAAUCAUUCCGACCGUCUCAUGAGACUAGAGAAACGACAAGCGGACGAUGCCGCCCUCAAAUCUGUCUGGGGUCCCGUUCACAAUUCUCCUACGGAUGUUUUUGAUAAUUUCGACGAUGAAGAAGAGCAAAAUCUACUUGGGAGUCUUCAUCUAGAUAAUGAUGAGGAACCAGUGCGUAGAGGCGCUUCGAGGGCAAACAGUGUACGUUUCGAUGUUAGCGCUCUACAGGGCUCGCAUUGGGCACAAACAUCAAGAUCAUCAGGGGAAUUCGGUCCCAUUCGCCCGACUAGUGGAUUUGGCAGUCAUCCUAUGACAGAGCGCUCUUCAUCACAUAAAUCAGAUGGACGACAUAGCUCUGCUGGCCACUCUGUGCACUCGACGCACUCUGUUCCCUCUGGACGCACAAGUAGUCUAGGAUUGGAUACCAACUUUAUGAUUGGUGACCCAGACGACGAUUCGCCGUUGGAGAUACCGGACCCUCCCCCAGGUCUAUUCAUAUUGGGAUCAGUACCUUCUAUUAUCAGAUGCUGGCUUACGGUCAAUUUCUCUCACAGUGCACUUCUCUAUGCCGAUGUUUGUACAGGCUCGCAGAAAUCCCUUCUUGAAUAUUCACUUGUGAAAGAGCUUGGCCUAACAAAUCAGAUGCAAAAGGAUCCUACAAAAGGACGUUACAUUAUCAGGCUACCUGUCUAUCUCCCAGAGGCAAUUAUAACACAAUCAUCUUCCAGAUCGAAUAGUCCCGGUCCUCAAUUGCCCACUCUUACAGUUGAUUUCGAGGUAGUUGGAAUGAAUCAACGAUCAGUUUCUGAUCUCAAGAGAUCUAUCCGCGUAUUUCUUGGUAGUGAUACCCUCCGUGCGCAUAACGCAGAUAUACUGUUCUCGCAGAAUCUUAUGACACUCUUCGGCGAUGAUCGUAACAAACUGUCUGUACCAUUCGUUCGGCCAGAGGAUGAACUUCUUUUCAAGAAUUUGUGCAUCGCCAACAUUCCACCUGAAAAAAAUGAACUCAAGGCGACGGCUCUUCCUUUUACUCCCAGUGAACAACGAUCCAAGAUUGAACCUACAAGCCCAGGUGAUGUAGUUAAAGGGUCACGUAGUGAUCGUGUCAAGCCAGCGGACUCAGAUUCCAAACCUCAAAGUAUCAUAAAAUCUCAAAUCAGCUCUGCCACUAUAUCGUCCUUGCCCGUUCACAGUAAUGCUCCUGUGUCGGAGCCUGAUGUUUCUAUCAAGGGCAACGACAGUACCUCAGACUUGGAAAAGUUAUACAAAUCGGAUCAAGGCGUGGCCGAUGCAAACAAUGUCGAAUCCACGAAUGCAAUUGGUACUCCCAAGCGUGAAACGACUAUGGGUACUUGGGGUUCAUGGCGACAAGGCAGUACGCCCUUAAAUCCUGACCACAAUAGCGAUUCCACAAGUGGAUAUCAAAAGGCGGUACGGGGGGGUCGAAGUAUGAAGGUCCUAAAACCAUCAAAGUCCAUGUCAUCGCCGUCAACCCUAGCUGCAAAUCGACCAUCUUCAGGCGCAAGAACAGGUGCAGCCUAUGAGCCGGCGCCUUUGCGAUCAAUGGCCGAUCUCAAGCGAAAGGAUCAACCCAAUGGGACUGACAAACAACAGCUUCGUUGGGAGCCAAAAAGAGUAAGUUCAGAGGAGCAAAAGAGCGUUAAGGUGAUUACAACCAUUCCAAGAUCCUCAAAUCCAGUCGGCGGUGCUUCAGCUUUUGCGUGGAUGAACCCCAGCAAGCCAAAGCCUUCAGCUACCACCACGGAUUCCUGA